GCUCCCAGCCGCUGCCGAGCGGCGGACGCAGGACCGGAGGCUCGCUCCUGCGGGCGCGCUUGUUUUCCUGCGGCCGCCUCGCCCUGCGCAGCCCCCGCCCGCCUGAACGCCGCGCUCCGCUCAGCCCCGCCCGCCUUCCGUGCCCUGCGCUGGAUUUAUGAAUGGGGGGAAGAGGCCACAUGCCGCCGCCGCCGCCGCGUGCUGACCGCAAGCACCCCGGGCCCGCGGAGCUCCGGCUGCCGUGAGAGCGUCGGCCCGGCCCCCGCAGCCGCUCCAAGGACUUGUUGCUGCUGCGCUGCCGCCGCCGCCGCCGCGGGGAAGCCGGCCGCUCCCGGGACUCGGCUCGGUCUGGGAGAGCCGGAGGGUGGCCCGCGUGAGUGUGAGCGCGCGUGCGCGCCCCGGACCCUCGCAGUGCGCCUGGACUGUGCGCUAACUCGCCUUUUGGGGGUGACGGGGGGGGCGUGUCCAGAGCCCGAGCGUCUGAGUGUCCAGUCCUAGCCGGGGAGGUGUGUGUUUGCCCCUGCCUCCCCGGGUCCCUCGCCUGGGUCCUCGGCUCGCCUUUUCCCUCCUUGCCUCCCUCGCCGGAGCUGCCUGCCCAAACCCCAACCACCUGUGCACCCGAGAAACCCAACUCCUCCUGCUCCGCGCCCCGGGGGGGAGAGGCAGGGGCAGGGCCAAGCCGCAGAGGGGGCCGCCGCCGCCUCCUGCCUCCUCCUCGCCUCCUCCUCCUCCCCCCCCGUCUGACGCUGCCUCCUCGGGAAGGGUGUUUGGAGGGCAGCGGCCGCCCCAAGCCGAAGCCCCGCAGCGCUUCUUAUGAUCAGCUCGGUGUGUGUCUCCUCCUACCGUGGGCGCAAGUCGGGGAACAAGCCUCCGUCCAAAACAUGUCUGAAGGAGGAGAUGGCCAAGGGCGAGGCGUCGGAGAAGAUUAUCAUCAACGUGGGCGGCACGCGACAUGAGACUUACCGCAGCACCCUGCGCACCCUACCGGGCACCCGCCUCGCCUGGCUGGCCGAUCCCGACGGCGGGGGCCGGCCCGAGUCCGAUGGCGGCGGUGCGGGCAGCAGCGGCAGCAGCGGCGGCGGGAGCUGCGAGUUCUUCUUCGACCGGCACCCGGGCGUCUUUGCUUACGUGCUCAACUACUACCGCACGGGCAAGCUGCACUGCCCCGCCGACGUGUGCGGGCCGCUCUUCGAGGAGGAGCUCACCUUCUGGGGCAUCGAUGAGACCGAUGUGGAGCCCUGCUGCUGGAUGACCUACCGCCAGCACCGCGACGCCGAAGAGGCGCUAGAUAUCUUCGAGAGCCCGGACGGAGGCGGCGGUGGCGCGGGGACGGGCGACGAGGCCGGCGACGAUGAACGGGAGCUGGCCCUGCAGCGCCUGGGGCCCCACGAGGGAGGUGCGGGCCCCGGCGCCGGGUCCGGGGGCUGCCGUGGCUGGCAGCCCCGCAUGUGGGCGCUCUUCGAGGAUCCCUACUCCUCCCGGGCGGCCAGGGUGGUGGCCUUCGCCUCUCUCUUCUUCAUCCUGGUCUCCAUCACCACCUUCUGCCUGGAGACCCAUGAGGCCUUCAACAUUGACCGCAACGUGACAGAGAUCCACCGGGUGGGGAACACCACCAGCGUGCACUUCCGGCGGGAGGUGGAGACAGAGCCCAUCCUGACCUACAUUGAGGGUGUGUGCGUGCUGUGGUUUACGCUGGAGUUCCUGGUGCGCAUCGUGUGCUGCCCCGACACGCUGGACUUCGUCAAGAACCUGCUCAACAUCAUCGACUUCGUGGCCAUCCUGCCCUUCUACCUGGAGGUGGGCCUGAGCGGCCUGUCCUCCAAGGCGGCCCGAGACGUGCUGGGCUUCCUGCGCGUGGUGCGCUUCGUGCGCAUCCUGCGCAUCUUCAAGCUCACGCGCCACUUCGUGGGGCUGCGCGUGCUGGGCCACACCCUUCGCGCCAGCACCAACGAGUUCCUGCUGCUCAUCAUCUUCCUGGCCCUGGGGGUGCUCAUCUUCGCCACCAUGAUCUACUAUGCUGAGCGCAUUGGCGCCAGGCCCUCCGACCCGCGGGGCAAUGACCACACCGACUUCAAGAACAUCCCCAUCGGCUUCUGGUGGGCGGUGGUCACCAUGACGACGCUGGGCUACGGGGACAUGUACCCCAAGACCUGGUCCGGCAUGCUGGUGGGGGCGCUGUGUGCGCUGGCUGGCGUGCUCACCAUCGCCAUGCCCGUGCCGGUCAUCGUCAACAACUUUGGCAUGUACUACUCCCUGGCCAUGGCCAAGCAGAAGCUGCCUAAGAAAAGAAAGAAGCACGUGCCCCGGCCGCCCCAGCUUGAGUCACCCCUUUACUGCAAGUCUGAAGAGACCUCGCCCCGGGACAGCACCUACAGUGAUACCAGCCCCCCUGCCCCAGAAGAGGGUAUGGUUGAAAGGAAACGGGCAGACUCCAAGCAGAACGGUGAUGCCAAUGCGGUGCUGUCAGACGAGGAGGGAGCUGGCCUCACCCAGCCCCUGGCCUCUGCCCCCACCCCUGAGGAGCGCCGGGCCCUGCGACGCUCUGGCCCCCGGGACAAAACCAAGAAGGCAGCUGCCUGCUUCCUGCUCAGCGCCGGGGACUAUGCCUGUGCUGAUGGUAGUGUCCGGAAAGCCUGUGCAAAAUCCCGGAGUCUAGACAACAUAGCUGGAGCAGCAGGAACCAGUCUGGGGCUGUCUCCACUGGCAUCGAGAUACAGCUCACCCUACCCUCCAAGAAAGCGCCUGCUCUCCCACCCCUUCCGCCCUCUCACCAGCCCUCCCCCUGGGCCCCUGGCCCCUUAGCCGCGCCCUCAGCUCUCCCCACCUCUGGGCGCACACCUCUGGGCGCUUACAUGCCCUCCAGCCCUCAUUCCUCCGGAGGUCCCGUGGGAGCCGAGCAGGAGGCAGGACAGCCCAGGCCCCCGAGCCUCUCCUCCACAGCACCCAGCUCCCCAGAAUGUUCAGCUCUGGAGCCGGAGAGCAAGGGGGGAGAUCACUCCCAGGGCUCCUCUCGCACCGAUCUCCCGCCUCCCUGUCCUGAGCCGGAGCUGCCGGCACCCCCGGGACCUCUGCCUCUGGGCCUUUCCUCCCCUCAGGGUCCCACCUUCAUCAUGGCAAAUGCAUUUCCAUUCCUCGUGGCCUUUAGUCAGUAACCAGCCUGCGACUGACUAUCUCUGUCUGUCUGUCUGUCCAUCCCACACCCAGGCCAGCAAAGAAUAAGGCUAUCCUGUGGGGCACGCCCAUCUCUGCUGGUGUGCGGGGAGCUAACUGGUCAGGGGAGCGGUGCCCCCCUGGGAGAGGAGGCCUGAUGCUCUCCAGCUCUGGUCUGGUGUGCAGGUGGGGUCCCUAGGGCCCCACGAUUGGCUGCCUAGGCACGGGAAUGCCCUCGUCUCGGGAGUGACAUCCGGCGACGGCAGAGCCCGGCAUCCCAUCUGCACCCCAGCAGCUGUAUCUCUCCCGAGCUGCUUUCUCUGCUUCCACGAGUUUUUCUUCCCUCCUUCUCCUGCUGCCUCAGACUCCCAGCCCUGCCUGAGUCACCUGCCGCUCCCACCCAGCCUCUGCGCUCUGGAUUGCUGCCAGAACCGGAGACUCAUCUAAUUUCUAUAAUUAAGUGUAUUCAUUUACCUAACGAGCCUGGGAGCACAACAGGUUUGUGAGUCACUGAGGGAGCAGGGGUGCACCCUGGGCAGGGGCAGCCGAGGGGAAGUGUGGGGACAGCCAUCCCGCCCCCUCCCGCUCCUGCGCAGGCACCCUGCCUCUCCCAGGCAGGGCAGGGCCGGGCUGGGCCAGGCUGCAGGUGGCCCCUCUCCAGCAGCGAACCAGGGGAGGCUCUCCAGGCCCCCUUGGCCCCAGGAACGCAGAAGGCCUCGGCCAAGACAUUUCCUGUUUACCUGAUGGGAAUUAGACCUGACAGUGGAGCCGUGCGCCUGGCAAUUUUUAGAGUCAGAUUAUGCAACUUUGAAGAGGGAAUGACUAAGGUCCAUAUCUGCUCCUUUCAGGGUGGGCAAAGAUAGGAAUGGCAAGACAGCAUUCAGGGACUUAGCAGGAGGCUGCGGAGUCUGGAGGCCGCCCCGAAAGGUGAACUGGGCAGAAAGGUCAGAUCAUUUCAUGAGAGUUGGGUGUUGUGAAAAGCCUGUGCCAGGAGCACCCCCUUUCAGUGCCCUCUGUCUUCAGCCUGGGGCAGACACAGGAAUGUGUCUUACAGAGAAGUCUGUCCGCAGUGGGUCCUGGGAUACCCCAGCCCUGCUGUGGUCCAUGGAGCCUGUCUCCUGCUUGCUCUCAGAAUGAAAUGUCCCCCUAAGAGGUGAGAAAAUACAGGGGCAUCCAUGUGACCACCCUUCAAGAGGGGACGGGCCCCUUCAAGUGACAGGGACAGGGAAGCCCUGUGGGGCAGGAUGGAGACUCUAGGUGCCCUCUCACAGCCGGCCCUGGGGGCCCAGCUGCUGCUUCUUGGUGAGGACACAUUCGGUCCUGUCCCCAUAGGGCUCCCUGGCCCCGGGGUCCUGGCCCCGGCGGGGACAUGAUGAGCUAGGUGUCCCGUUUGGCGUGGACACCACAGCUCUUCUGUGCUCGGGCUUGCCUCCCUGGCUCAGGGAGCUGAGGCGGCUAUUUCUGUGGCGGCCCUCAAGUUGUCAGGAGUCCAAGUUUCCACGGCACCCACCUCCUCCUUCCCUCUCUUCCCUCCCACAGGGAUGGGCAUGCUCAUGGCACCCCUCUGGUGGGUACAGCUGUCCCUGGGCGACAUGAUGCGGGAGUGCCAGGCGGGAGCCCCUGGUGCCUUGGGAGAUGGGCUCCCGCCUGUCCCCGCACCGGCUCUCUGGCUUCUGUAGGGGAAACACAGCACCUAGCUAACAGGACAGCUGAGGAGGCUGUCCGCCCCAGCUACCUCUCAGGACUUCUGGGCCUCCCAGGGCCCUGCCUAGGGAGGUGGCUGCCUGCAUGGGCCUCAGCUUAUCCAGACCUGGGGCCUCCUGCCUCAGGGGAAGACUCUCUCUUCCACCUAUAAUCUGAGAGCACAGUUUGCUUUAUGUUGCACGUGGACUUGGACCUGUACCCGUUACUUUGUCUCAGAGAAACCUUUCCCCCACAGCUGGGGCCCACUCCCUCCUGGCAGAGCAGGGAAGCUGCCCAAUUAGGAGCUGUUAACCUUACUUACUGUUAACAGCCAUAGAGGCCAUUUCUCAACCCCCAGGGCUUCUGGGUGGAGCUAUGAGCUGGAACCAGGGGGGGAAGACGUCUGUUCAGCUUAGGCCCAGGAGUCAGAGGGGAGACAGAGUACCAGCCCGAGAGCUGGGGCUCCAGGAGUCACCCCUUGGGCCCCAGGCUGCCCUUUCCCAGAGCCCCCUGGGAGAGGAGGGCCUCCUCUGCCCUGGCCAAUGUAUCACCCCCAAAAUGCCUGCCCCUCACAGCAGCCUCCUUCCCUGCCCUUCCUGUGCCCCCACUGGGAAGGUGGGAGAAGGGAAGGCCCACGCCACUGACAUUCCAGGCUGAGGAUGGGAUGCCGAGAAGGGCUCACUGAGCAGUUGGGUUUCUCAGUAAGAUGCUCUUUUCUGGCUUUGUCUCCUGAGAUGGACACAUGGGGCCUCCCUGACCUUACCCUUCAGUAUCUACCCUCCAGCUGUUCCAACUGUUCCCGCCAGGUUGAGGAAGGGGGGCUGGGCACAUAAGGCAGCACACUCAGGAGCCUUCUUCACUAGCCGGCCGGGGCCAGUGGGAUGGCCCCAGCUAGUGAUGGCGGGUGGAGCUAUGUUGGGGAGGGGAGCCCAGGAACCUCCCCCACUGCACCCGUGCCAGGCUGCGGGGUUGUGGUCCCUCCGCCCACUGCACUGGAGUUGCGAAGACCCGAGGGCUAGGGAUUCCUGGAGCUCCUUACCUGAGCAGGUAUAGAGAUAAAGCUGUAACAUGACCUAGGAGUCACUUGGCCUAGCUCUGGGUAGGCAGCUAGGGGCUGCAGGAGGGGCUCCCCCCAUUCCCUGACCCAUCCCUGCACUUCCUGGCCUCUUUGCCCCGGGUGCCCAUGCCUUCCAGCUCUGCUCCUGGCCUUGUCCUUAGCCCACAGGCUGUGGGUCCGCAGCUGGCUUCCU